AUGCAUUCACAUCGGUUCUUCGCCCUCCUCGGCGCAGCCCUCAGCGCUUGCAGCGCGACUGCUCACUCCAUCUCUCGUCGGGCCGCCCUGAGUCAGGGCAACGUCGAGGUUACACUGAGUUCGGCCAAGAGCGCGCCUCUUCUCAUCGAAGCGACCAUUAAGAACGCUGGCUCUAAAGAUCUCGCCUUUCUCAAGCCUGGAACCAUCUUUGGAUCGACCAGAGUCCAGCUUCUCGACGCUCAGAGAAUUGAGUCUGACGGCUCUAGACGGAAGGCCGCGUUCCAGGGAAUUGUCGCGUCUGUCGACUUUGAUGCCCUGGCGCCAGAGAACUACGAGGUUCUCCGCCCCGGGUCAGCCAUUGUCAAGAAGAUUGACGCUACUUCUUUAUACAGGCUCUCGGCCGGAACCUACGAGUUCUCUGCCACUGGUCUUUUUGCCGCUCAGCCUGACAGUGCCUCUCUGCCAACCGUAUCGGAGGAAUACAAGUCCAACAAGCUGACCGUCACCAUUGACGAGGCGACUGCCUCGCUGUCUCGCGUCGUGCCGGCGCCUCUGCAGCAUCGGGCUCUGCUUCAGGAGGAUUCGUGCAAGAAUACGACGCAGCACCAACUCAUGCUCGAUGCCCUCGCCAACUGCAAGCCCCUCGCCGAGGCGGGCGCCGCCGAGGCACGCGAUGUCACGUCGCUCCGUUUUGUAGAGUACUUCCGCUCCAACAGCUCCGAUUCGCGCCAGCUCGUCGCCGACCGUCUCGAUGCCGUGGCCAAGGAGUGCAGCACGUCUGACUCGGGCGGCGUGCGCGUCUACUGCACGGAGCCCUUUGACUGGACAGAGUGCUCGGUGCCUCUCGUCGCCUACACUUGGCCCCUGAACAGCUGGGUCAUCGUGUGUCCCAUGUUCUUCGACACGAGGCCGCCUUUGCCGCAAAUGUGCCACAAGCAGGACCACGCGACGACUAUGAUCCACGAGAUGACGCACAACCCGGCCGUCUACGAACCUUCGACUCAGGAUGUUGCGUACUCGUACCCUAACGUUACGCAGCUCGAUCCGGACAGGGCGCUUGACAACGCGGACACGUAUUCGCUUUUUGCGAACGGUAUGUUUUGA